AUGACAUGGCCUUGUUACCGGCGAUGGUGGCGCUGGCUACAUUGGAUUCCUGCUGCGCUGACUGUGCACUUCGCAAAGGACUUCGGAGGCUUCUCAGCGCCUGGCGGCCAGGGCCAGAAACGACUGGUAGAGCUGGGCGUCCCGACGAGAGAGGCGGCAGGAGUGGCUGCUUUGGCCGAGGCGCUAGCGGCGGAAGGCCCAGAGCCACUCGCAGACCCACUGACGCUGCUCCGGUUCUACAGGGCCCGCAGACGCGACGUGGAAGCAGCCGCUGGCAUGUACAAUGCUACCCUGGCAUGGCGUACCAGUUUCUCCAUCCCGCUAGUGAUGGAUGCUUACGGCGAGCCUGGGCAUUACAAACCGGACUCCGGCCGUGCCACAGACCCUGCCACUUGGUCUUGGGUGUGCGCUCCACGCACCCCUCGGUCUCAGCUGGCCAUGCGCCAUGCAUUCUUCGGUCGAAUCUGCACGCAAAAGGCAGACGAGCCCAUCUUGAUAUGGCGGGCCGGCAGCGCAGACUACAAGGGGAUAGUGCGAGAAGACAUGGUCGAUCUGAUGAUCCAAGCCUUCGUCGUUCACCUGGAGGAUGCGCUGCAAGCUUCACGGGCAGCAUCCAUGAGAAAAGGCGAGCUGGUUCGUGCCCGUCUCAUCAUAGACUGUGAUGGCUUCGGCUUCGACAAUGCGCGGUAUAUACCGAUUCUGCGGAGGAUCAUCAGCCUUGGCAAAUCCUACUUCCCUGAGGUUACUGCCUCUGUGACGGUGGUGCGGGCACCCGCCUUCCUUGCCACUUUCUACGGACUGAUUAGGCCCUUCCUGCCUAAGCUGCUGCAGGACAAGGUAUGCAUACUGGGCAAAAAUUUCGCUGCAGGCUUGCAACGGCACACAGGGCUGGAUAUAGCAAUGCUGCCGCUUUUCCUCGGUGGGAGCUCGACUGAAACUGGGAUGGCCGAAGCUCUUCCCGUGCCUACGGAUGCCUGGAGUUCUGCCUCUUCGUCUUGA